CAGCUGUUUCUCUUCUUCUUUACCGGCAUUUAAAAAAUUGUUAGGAACAAUUUUUAAUAUUUUUUAACAACAUGAGCAAUAUUGUGCAGUAUAUUAUUGUCCGCAGUGAUUUGCGUUCCGUACUUAGUUGGCCCUUGGGGGCGGUGAUUGCUCAAACUUGCCACGCCACAGCGGCCGUUUUACACUUAAAUUCAGAGGAUGCAGACACCGUGGCCUAUUUAAAAGAUCUGGACAAUAUGCAUAAAGUGGUGCUUGAGGCCAAAGAUGAGGCAGCUCUAGUCAAGCUCAGUGAAAAGUUAAAAGAGAACGAAAUUAAGCACAAAUUGUGGAUCGAACAACCUGAGAAUAUUCCGACCUGUAUCGCCCUGAAACCAUAUAUUAAAGACUCUGUUCAUAAGUACGUUAAGAACUUCAAGCUUUUAAAGUAGUAAUAAUUAAUU